CCCUGAUAUCUUAAGCCUAGAAUCCUAGAUUUAGAUCUUGAGUCGAUAGAUCUCUAUUAGAUCUAGAUCUAUACUAGAAUCUAGAUCUAGAUUUAGAUCUAUAUCAGACUAUAUCUAGUCUAGAGGCUAGAUCUAAUGCUAAUGGGAUAGGAUUCUAUCCUAGAAUCUCUAAAGUACUCUACUCUGUUCUUAAUCACACAAAUAGUAAUAGGCCUAAUGGAGAAAGAUUUAUUAAAGAAAAAGUAUGGACUUCCACCCAUACCAUCUGUGGUCCCCAGCAGUGGAGCACAGGUUAAACGCAACAUGAUUAGAAAAAAAGAUUACAGUCCUGUAUAUUGGGACAAGUAUUUUGAAAAUAAACAUGAUGUUCAAACUUAUACUGGAGAUGUAUUUCGAGUAUAUGAACGUGGUGAUGAAGGUCCAGUGCUUUUUUUUCUGCAUGGUGGAGGCUUCUCAGCUUUAUCCUGGUCGCUAUUAUCAGCACAAGUUACAAGUCUGGUAAAAUGCAGGUGUGUAGCUGUGGAUCUACGAGGACAUGGUGAUAGCACAACAUCAGAUGAUUCUAAUUUAAGUGCUGAGCAAAUGUCCAGUGAUGUUGCAAAUAUAAUUACAAGUCUGUACAAAGAAGAAUUUCCACCUAUCAUACUUGUAGGCCAUAGUAUGGGAGGUGCCAUUGCUGUACAUACUGCUGUAAGAAACCUUAUUGGUAAUCUUGUUGGUCUUGCAGUGAUUGAUGUAGUGGAAGGUACUGCCUUGGAGGCUUUGGCAAGUAUGCAGUCAUUUCUAAGGGGAAGACCUAAAUCAUUUGAGACAAUUGAGAAGGCUAUUGAAUGGGCAGUAAGAAGUGGACAAAUAAUGAAUUUAGAAUCUGCUAGGGUUUCUAUGGUUGGACAGCUGAAAAGUUCUAACAGUGAUGAAACAGGAACAUUAGAAUUAGAGCAUCAACAAGUAACUUUUACAGAUACAAUAGCAGAGGAACAGGAGGAUGAAGGAAAUAAUGAAUCAACUUCCUCAAAUGUUUUCAAGGUACCAGUUAAUCCUCAGACAAAACAGAAUAGCUACACUUGGAGGAUUGAUUUAUCUCAGACAGAGAAGUUUUGGCAAGGAUGGUUUGAAGGACUAUCACAAAAGUUUUUGUCUUGUGAAGCACCAAAAAUUCUCAUACUUGCAGGUCCAGAUAGAUUAGACAAAGACUUAACUAUUGGACAAAUGCAAGGAAAGUUUCAAAUGAAUUUACUUCCUCAAUGUGGCCAUGCUGUCCAUGAAGAUGUACCAGAGAGGGUUGCUGACAUUUUGGCAAAUUUUAUGAUGCGGCAUAAAUUAACUGAUGCUAUUGGAAGCUUCGAAAGAUCAAUACCAGGAUGCUGAGGAAAAAAGAAAACUCAGUGAAAAUAAUAAAUAAGAUUCUUCUUGUGGUCUAUGCCGUUUAAUUGCACAAUAUCAUAUGACUAUUAAAAAUAUCUUUUCCACA